AUGUCGACCGGUCGGCCCUCCGGUCAAAGGUCGCACUCUGCGGUUAGAAGGCAAGCGACCACCAAGCCUAAUCCUCCUCAAUCGUCAUUCACACCUGACCCCGAUGUCGAAUUCCAACCUUGUGCAGCGACUGCCUCAUUCUUCCUAUAUGCACAAAGAAACAUCAUUCUCUGCCUGCACCACGAUACAUUGGCGAUAGAGCGAAGAUUUGACCGACACCAGGAAGAUGUACUUUGGAUACACGCAGACACUGUCAGCGAAAGAGGUGCAGGGCGUUUAGCAGUCAGCUACGAUACGGGACACACGGCAAUAGUCUGGGACAUUUCAACAGGCGACGAAAUCGCCCGCUUUGCAGCGUACGAACACAUCCGGGUGGCAGCAUGGAUGAAGAAUGGAAACAUUGCUUUUGGGAACGCGCAAGGCAACGUAAUCUUGUUUGAGCCCUCGACAUCUGAGCACAUAUCAGCUCGCACAAUCUAUGAUCCAAUUACAGCGAUAGCCCCGGCAGCCGAUUCACGGACCUUUGCAAUUGGCUUCCUAAACGGCUCCAUUCUAAUAGCAACAUUGCAACCGCUUUUCACAAUCGUGCAUAGUCUGACGACGUCGAAAGCUCCUUCCCGAAUUGCCGGGCUUUCCUGGCAUGGUUCCUCCUCGCGUCAAAAGUCCGACAUGCUUGCCACUCAAACAGCAGAUGGCGAUCUCAGAAGAGACGCGCUCCUGGGACGUUCGGACCAAGAACGUGUCGCAUGCUAUGGACCGUCCUCGACGCUUUUCACGCUAGGACCAAAUCACACUGUUCAACAGUACGAUGUGAACCCUAGUGAAACUCCUAUACAGGUCGCCAGCAUUCAACACGCCCCAGGACCGCUACCGCCAUCUCCACCAAAUUCCAUCGAAGAACAGAAAAAGGAGGAAACAGCUAGACGUCAGGCUGCGGCGAAUGCUGCUUCGGCACCUUUUGCCUUUAUGGAUGCGGAUCUGAGCGAAGGUGAGCUUGGUACAAUGUCACCUCUUGAGAAGAUUGCGAAAGAGAUGGAUCAGCUCGAAGAAGAAAAGCAAGACCGCCUUGGAGCGCUCAGUCCAACUUCUAGUAAGACAUCGUCGGUAAGCUCUAGGUCUUCCGAUGGAGGACGGAGGGUGCCGUCAUAUCGCUACGACAAAGCGCCCUCUUCGCGGGCUUCCAACGUCUCUCACAACGAAGGAACCGAAUUCUCGUUCGGGUUGCCAUCAAUCAAGCCUCGAGAGAGUGUCUCAAUUCGAUCUACUUCUUCAUUCCGCUCUUCAGGUCUACGCAAAGAAAUCCUGAGAAGUCCGGAUGAGGCUCAACAAACGUCGCAAAUGGAUCUCUUUCCUCAUACUCGAGCACGACUCCGAGAUGUACCUUUCAGAACUCCCCACUAUGGGCAAGUCGCCCGUACAUCUGAUGUUCUGCGACAGGAGAUGCUGAGCGUAGUGUUUGGCUGGAACGAUGAUAUCGAGUCUUUGGUUAGGGAUGAAUUCAUGAGACAAAGACCUGGAUCUGCGAGUGGUGUACUUCUUUCCAAAUGGCUUGGAGAAUUUGGUGCAGAUACUAUGGCCGCUAUGGUCGGAUCUGAAAACAUGACUUCUUCUGAUUGGAUGCUUCUUGCUCUGAGCUCCAUGGGGCCCUCUUCCGGAAAACAAGUUGGUCAAGCCUUUGUCCAACGGCUUCUGGCAAAAGGUGACAUUCACCCUGCCGUCGCAGUUCUUCUAGGAUUUGGUGAACACGAUGAUGCUAUUGAGGUCUAUGUCUCUCGUGGCUACCAUAUGGAAGCAGUCCUUCUGACAUGUCUAACCAUGCCAUCAGAUUGGCAAAGGCAAUCAUAUCUCGUUCGCAAGUGGGGUGAGGCUUUGGUAAUGCAAGGCCGACCUGAACUCGCUGUUCGAUGCUUCUCAUGCAUCAGCAUCGAGACUUCUGACUCCUGGUCAUCUCCUCGAGCCCAAGAUGCAGUAUUCUCGAGUCAAAGAGAACAAGGCAUUGGCCCUUCCCCACUAAGUCCUCCGCUUUCUCCUCCUUUUGCUGUUGGCUCGAAUCGAAAGCUUACGAGGAACGGAUCGCUGAAGUUGAUCACAACUUUCGGCGACAAAGGGGUUCCUCUUCUGUUACCCUCCGCCGACCAGAGAACGCCAUUGGCCGGUAUGCUCGGUGUUGGCGUCACACCAAUAGCUGAAUCUGCAAUCUCGCCCGGUGGUGUAGCUCCUUGGCUCCGUCCAAGUCACAAGUUCGAUAGAGAUCCAUCCUCUGCAAGAACAGCGACUCCGGGUGGAUACGCUAGAAGACAACUGCCUUCUAGAAGUGGGGUGUCCCGUACUCGCGACACCUCUCAAACCCCUUUGACCGCUCGGAGAGAGGUUUCUGAUUCUGCACAUAUAGCCGGAACUCUGGACCAAAGAAAGCUUGGACACAGUCGUAAUCCUUCAUCCGUUGUUUCGGCCAAUUCGAGUCAGAGCCUUGAGCAAGCAAAGAAACAAACUUCGAGCUCAAAUCGUCUACCGUCUCCAAGUAGUGACGUGUUUUCACGAUUGAAGAGCGAAUCGCGAACUAGGAACGGCUCACGGGAGAGAGCCAACAGCGAUCUACAAGUGAAGGUCUACGACACGACGUAUCUUGCUCCACAGGCAUUCUUGGAAUCUGCCAAUCAAAGCCGUCAGUCGGAUCCGUUCGUGGCCCCUCAUCAAAACCAAGACGAACCCUCUAGUAACGCGGUGGAUUUCCGUGGACGGCCAGCAAAGCGGUACAUUAAUCCACCGAGAAGAUCACCAUCCUCACCAAUCCCGAUGUCUCCUGACGAAGUCAUGGCAAGUAGAGCUAUGGCCGCAGCCGCCACUGCAGAUGAGUCUUAUUACCGAGAGUCUACACCGCAGAGGAGAGUAUCGAACGCGGGACGUACGUCGAGAGCGAACAGUCAAGUCCCAAACAGAGUAAGAGAGCCCAGUCAGGUUGAUCAACGACUACCAGCCAAUGUUCGUGAAAGAAGCGAGUCGCGUACGCCGGCGAGACCGCCCGUCCAUUUGCCUUCCAUUCCACAUGAAAUCUCCGGCGACUCAAAUGCCGGAAGGAGCGAGUCUCGGCAAAAACUAAAUGUCAAGAAAAGCAGAGCAGCAUCUGUUAGUGAUCAUACCGGAGUACAAGCUCUCGACUAUCCCAGAAAAAGUCUCGACGAAGACAGUUCUGCUUCCGAAACGCCAGAGGAGGGUAUUGCAAGACCUAGGGAUCUCCGGACUUUGACAAAGAAGCAGCUGGCCGCUCGAGAACUUGAGGAGAGACGUGCAUCUUUGGCCAGACGUCCAUCCGCACCCGCGAUACCUUUGCCUAGCGAUUUCAAGACACCUCCAAGAAGACCGUUCAUGCCCCCGAGGCACCAUACGGAGCUUGGAGAUGCUCCUAGCUCAUUCAUGCCUCCAUACUCUGGCAAUCAGAUUACACGUAGUCAUACGGCCGAUCCGGAGUCAAAGGGCCGCUUUCCGCCGACUAGAAACACAGGCACAUCAACACCUACGGCGCCAAUCGGACUGCCAGCCACUCCACGGGCUAUGAGGCAUCCACGUUACAUGUCUGCCGAUUCAAGCGAUCGCGAAGACGUACCUGCCAUUCCUCAGGUCCCUGAGACUCCUCCCCAGUUGUCAUCUGCCACCUUCCAUCAAGAUUCGCCGUCUCCGAGGUCUCCAGAAGAUGACAUCGCACCUCUUCUACCCUCAACAGUGUUCGGACAAGUGACUUCACAGGCUAUUCCUCGUUCUUCCUCGGCACCUCCUGAGAUGAACAUGGAUGGCACACCUUGGCACUACAAGACUGUGCUGCCGCAUUCCGCCCGACGAGGAUCAGUUAACAAGGGAGGACACAGCCGUAAGCUAACGCCUACGGAGAACGACCUGCAACCUCAACAGAGUCCUUCAUCGAAUAGACCCAGUAUCGACCAGACUUUGCACGACGCUCAAAUUAUUAUUGUUGAGGAAUCAGAGUUGAUGCUGCCAGAGCUUCAACAUCUUGCUGGACCCCCGCCCCCACCUCCACCGCCACUGAUGGCUAAUCGUGGCAGUGGUCUGGGCGUUAUCAACAUAGCCAUAGGAGAAGAAGAACCCAUGGUCAUUGACGUACUUCCGACCAUCGACCGAGCUGGCGCAUUGACAGCUCCCCCACUGAACAAUUUUGCUCAGGCUCAAGCACAAGCUCAAGCUCAGAUGCAAGCGCAGGCUCAGAGACGUGGUCGUGGAAGCAUCAGUGAGGGUAUCAACUCACGUUUCCGCAGUGUGACGGAGCGUAUGCGUAACAACAGUAAGAACCGUACAAAGUCACCACCGAUAGAUGCAUACGCGCCAUCGCCGUAUGAGACUGUGCUGCCGAAUAUGUUUUCCAGACAGCAGUCACAGCCUGAGAACAUUUUGACUCGCACCAGAUCUCCCUACGAGACUUCUUCUAUCGCAGUCAGUGCCGCAGCUUCUGACGCCUCGCUCUCAUUGCAGAACGCAAUGCAUCCGCCGCCUCCGCCACCACCUCCAGCUCCUGGUAUGCCUACGGAGCAAUACAAAAAUGGCGGUGAAUCGAUCAACGGUUAUCCUCACCCUCGCGAAGUGAGAGCUAACAUUCCGACUGAAACCCUUUUAUCGGCAGGAGUAUAUCAGCCCGACAACAUGUUCUAAUUCUAGAAUCUUGUCAGUCUCUUUCUUUUGUCAACGUCAUUUCUAUCAAUGGGAUUUAAUGCUGCUUUUUUUUUGGCCGACGCUCGGUAUACCUCUGUGCAUGUUUAUUUGCAUUUUACUCUAUAUAUCAUCUUCUUUCUACUAUCACAUUUAUUAGCCUCCACCGGUUGGAUUAUUUCGGUGUUUUUG